AUGAAAAAAGAUAAGGCUUACGUGAAUAACAUUGAAUGUUCAUGCCCCAUUACCAGCAAGACUACAAAACCAAACUCAACUUUAGAUUCCCUAGGGUUUCGAAAAGGAUCGCCUGGUAGGCCACCGAACUUUAAAAACGUUAUAAAUAUACCAUCCAGUGACUUGGUUUUUCAUGAAGGUAAACCAAUCGAGGAUAUAAUAAAAAGUUCAACAGAAGGUGUCAAGACGCCAAUGAAACUACAUUAUAACCCCCAAGACAAAGUUACUAUGAUCCAUUCGGAUUUGUCAUCUGAUUCCCUUGUUUGUAGGAGUAAUAUUGAUUCCAAGUACGAUUGCAACCUAAUAAAGGGGGAAAUUAGAAACCAAGACAUACCCAAGACCGAUAUAUUAGAGUAUAUGAAUACUCAAUUUGUUGAAAAGAAGAGUAGCAACUAUAAUGCAUCAUCUCUUGGAGGAAAUCAUAAUCAUGCUCAGUCAAUUUUUAAUCAACGUCGAGAGGAAUCACCUGGACUACCAAAACGAUCAAUGGUGAAAGUAAGUUUUAGAAAUGAAAGAAGAGAUUCAAAUAGUCAAAAAAUAUUUGAGGUGACUCAAGGCAUGAUGUCGAAUAAAACACAAGGAGCUUCUUCAGAUUUAUGUCUGCAGCCUUCCCGUUCUCAAAGUAUCAAUUAUAUAACAUCUUCCAAGGAGAGAAAAUACUUAAGCAGUGACAUAGUGUUUUCUUCAAGCGCUACUGACAAUAGCGUUCCUUUGCAACCGAUAAAUAAUGAUAGCGUUUUGCAGAGAGGUUUAUUUCGUCAAAACAUUUUACAGUGCGAUGUAGGACAUGUUAGUGAAAUUCACAAUUCACUUUCAGAAGUGAAUAAUACAAGGCGUCCUACUCAGACUGAGUUAUUUGUCAGUUCAAUGGCUGAAACUAAGCACGAUCAGAGUUUGCUGACACAGUCAAUAAAUUGGAUACAGAAUCCCAUACUUUUUUAUUUAUCUGAAAGCUUGAUAAAAUUACAUGAGCUUCGAACUAAAAUCAGAGACAGUGAGAUAUCCAAGGAAGCUUUCCAGAACCUGGAAGUAAGCGAUGCUAGUUGUGUAACACCAGAUUCUGAUUACACUUAUGAGUGUCAGGCUAAGAUGGAAACUCUUAAAAGAUAUGUUACAUAUUCCAUUUCUGAAAUAGAUGGGAUUCUUCUUAAUCCUCUGUUUACUUCAUGGUCUGAAAGACACUUGCGUAACUUGUUAAAACGUGUUUCCACUAGUUGGAGACUCGGCGGUCUAGAGAGUAAGGAUUUUGAAGAGGCUUCACUUUUAUUGCUGCAAGCAAUUUCAGAGGAGCGACGUGGAACCAUCCGUUACACUCAAAUUUAUCGGUUGCGUGAGUAUUUUGGAAGUCAUAAACGUCAUUCUACUGGGUUUUGCCUACUAUCUAUAAUGACCAUUGCGUCAUUGCUUUUCACAGUUCUCCUUGCCGUUUUAGGAAACAACUACUAUUUGGUAAGGAUUCUGUUGCCUGUUUUGCUAGUGAUAGCUAUGCUUUUCAUUUUUUGUUUUUCAUUUCUUAUAUUGAAUCACAACGCAUCUGCUGUUGCAACAGUAGCGUUCUUGAAAAUGGAAUUACUUUAUCUAUCAAAUGGUGAUGUUAGCCUCGAUUCUGAGGAUAGCUUUUCAAGUUCUAGAGUGUUGAGUGAGCCUUCGAUAUAUCCAAGCAAUGAGCAUAUUAUACAAUCUGGUACACUCCACGUAACUGAUGAAGGAGUGAGACCGAACAAAGACACAUUUUUUGAAUUGAAUACACUGAGAAAAGAUGAAUCCACCUCUAUAUCCAUAAUCAAAAAGCCACUACAUCGAGCACAGAUGGAGAAUCAGAAACACCCAGAACAUGCUAAAGGAAAUGAUUUACCAACGCAGAGCCACGCUUUUGAAGAGCAGCACUCCGUUGAACACUCGCAACAAAUUCCUCAUAGAAUGGGAACGAUAAACACAACUGAACGGGAGCUGUCCACAAGUGACGGGCAGAGUUUGAACACAAACAAAGGAAGCAAAAUUAUUCAAACGCAUAAUUUUCAGGAUUCAAAAGCUUAUUACACUGCAAUUGAUUCAACCUUUAUUAUAGAUUUAGCCGAUAACAUCAGUGUCACCGCCCUAAUUUAUUGCAAAGAUGAAUAUGCCUUAUCAACUAUGAUGUCUUCUCUCUGGGAGUUUAACUUCCUUGUGCUUCGAACUGAUGUUAUGCAAAUCGACAAUGUUUAUCAGCAAGGUUCGGACAAGUUUAAAAUUAUCAUACUCCACACUCCUGAUUUGCCUGAAGGUUCCUCUGAGUUCAAUACGGCCUCGUCGUGGGUAAAGGAAAAUCUUCCUGUAUUUUUCUUUUCAUGCGAUAACCGUAAAUUUCCUUAUUUUGUGCCGUCAUCGAACAAACUACAGCUACCUUUAUCCGCGAAGAAUAUUACCAACCUCCUCCUUUUUGGUACUGCUAAGAAUGAAGGGUUGUGCAGUACAAAGAUGGGGUCUACAUCCAAACAUCUUAAGGUUCCACUAUAUACACUUGGUCGGAGGUUGGGUGGAGGCGCGUACGGGAAUGUUUUUGAAGCGGAGAUGGAGGAAACUGGAGUUAUGUGCGCCGUUAAACGUAUCUACUUAAGAAAUAAUGAUAACACUGAUCAGGAUAACAACUACAUCAGCCAGCUACGUGAUAUUGCGCGCGAAGUGGAAAUUAUGAGCUCACUUAUGCAUCCAAAUAUAGUACAGUAUAUGUUUUUCGAACGUGAUGACAAUUGCAUAUCAAUCUUUAUGGAGCUAUGUUUGGGGGGUUCAUUGAGUUCUAUGAUAAAUAGCGGCGAGCUUGUUGACACAGAGUUUAUAAAGCAAGUAUUACGUGAUAUUAUAAGUGCAGUGGCAUAUUUACAUAAAAAAAAGGUCACCCACCGUGACUUGAAACCAGACAAUGUUCUGUUUUCCAAUGGCCGUGCAAAGCUUACCGACUUCGGCACUGCCAUUCUCAAACGCAAUCGCGAUAACCUUUCCCCAGUCACCGGAACGUUUGCUUAUAUGGCACCAGAGAUUAUUUUAUGUGAGACGUACGGUAAGGCAUGCGAUAUGUGGUCAAUUGGCUGCAUUGCGGCCGAGGUUUUAAAAGUCGAUCUCCCUCAGAGAUCUCUCGGAUUACCAGGGAUGUGUGAGUUUUAUCGUAAAAUGGAUGUGAACUCAUCAUUAUCUAUUGAUUGUUCUGUACUAGAAGUGAGUGACUUUCUGCGUUCCUGUUUGCAACGUAACCCUAAUACUCGACCAACCGCUGCGGAGCUUCUGCAUCACGAUUGUUUGAAGCAUAAUAAUGUUGCGUUUGAUAAAUGGAUUAAGGAAGCAAUGUCAAGAAAAUGUCUAUCAUAUCAACCUGCUUCUUUUGCAAUGGAUUUAUUUGGCUCAAGCGAAUCAGAUAUCAAUUUGGACGCACAGCUUGAUGGACUGUCCCUAAAAUCCUUUGGUGAACCUUCAAACAUAUAA